CGAGGGCUGCGCCGGGAGCGCGGCGGGAGCGCACGGCGGGGCGCGGGGCCGGCGCCCCCAGCCCGGCCGAGAUGAGCCCCGUCCCCGCGGGCAACGGCAGCGCCUGGGGGGGCUCCGGCAACUGCAGCGGGGCCGCCAGCCUGGGCCGGCAGUGGGUGCUGGGGACCGCCAUCAGCCUCACCGUGCUGGUCACCGUGGCCGGCAACCUGCUGGUGAUCGUGGCCAUCGCCAAGACGCCGCGGCUGCAGACCAUGACCAACGUCUUCAUCACCUCGCUGGCGUGCGCCGACCUCAUCAUGGGCUUGCUGGUGGUGCCUCCAGGGGCCACCAUCCUGCUGAGCGGCCACUGGCCCUACGGCACGACGGUGUGCGAGCUGUGGACCUCGCUGGACGUGCUGUGUGUCACGGCCAGCAUCGAGACGCUGUGCGCCAUCGCCGUGGAUCGCUACCUCGCCAUCACGUCCCCGCUGCAGUACGAGGCGCUGGUGACCAAGGGCCGGGCGCGGGCCGUGGUGUGCCUGGUGUGGGCCAUCUCUGCCUUCAUCUCCUUCCUCCCCAUCAUGAACCACUGGUGGCGGGACGGGGCGGACGAGCAGGCGGCGCGCUGCUACGACGACCCGCGCUGCUGCGACUUUGUCACCAACGUGACCUACGCCAUCAUCUCCUCCACCAUCUCCUUCUACGUGCCCCUGCUCGUCAUGAUCUUCGUCUACGUCCGGGUCUUCGCCGUGGCUACGCGGCACGUCCAGCUCAUCGGCAAGGACAAGGUGAGGUUCCUGCAGGAGCCCCCCAGCCCCAGGUCCAGGAGCAGCCGGCGCAGGCGGCCCUCCCGCCUGCUGGCCAUCAAGGAGCACAAGGCGCUCAAAACCCUGGGCAUCAUCAUGGGCGUCUUCACGCUCUGCUGGCUGCCCUUCUUCGUGGCCAACAUCAUCAAGGUCUUCUGCCGGUCGCUGGUGCCCGACCAGCUCUUUCUCUUCCUCAACUGGCUGGGCUACAUCAACUCAGCCUUCAACCCCAUCAUCUACUGCCGCAGCCCCGACUUCAGGAGCGCGUUCCGCAAGCUGCUGUGCUGCCCGCGCCGCGCCGACCGCCGGCUCCACGCGGUCUCGCAGGACCUGCAGCGCUGCCCCUGCGCCUUCAGCCCUCGGGGGGGGCCUGCAGGGGACAGCAAGGACGGCGAGGCUCGGGGCAGCGGUAGCAGAGCAGAGGAGACUCCUUUGCCGCAGGGCAGUGGCUACCGGCAGCGGCCCCUGGGCGAGUCCCGGCUGCAGGGCGCGCAGACCGCGCUGUGCUCACAGCUGGAUGAGUUUGCUGGCGGAGAGACGCCCGCGGGUCCGUCCGACUGACUGGGAGCAGCCGCGAGCUGGGAGGAGAGCG